AUGUUUGCAUCGGCCUGGACGCUGUGCGGACACGGCACGACGUCCCCCACGCAACCAACCAGCAAGGCGGUCUCGUUGCUCGCCGUAUCGAGGGCGCUGCUGAAACAACCAGGCCCGAGACACCCGCCGGCGACGAGCAGCAUCGGCCCGGCAAAAGUCACCAGUCGUCACGGGAUUCUCGGCAUGGCAGAGUAG